AUGAUGACCAACAGAACCUCUAUGAUGAGACAGGUCAAGCUAACGAGAAUCGUGAUUUAGUGGGCAAAUAUUUUACCAACACAGUGAGUCUCCACCCAAUGAAUGAAUGAUGACUUCCCAAUAUAUCUUCAAUGCUUUCAGAUGUUGAAUAUGGAAUGGGAGAAACGACUUCAAUAUAUCUGUGGGAAAUGUUGGCAGCAUAUCUCGAAGUUUCAACAAUUCCAGGCGUCCAUUAUUGAGGCGCAGAAGGAACAACGUUUGAAUAGGGAAAAGGCAAAAGAAGUUGAUGAACUAAAGUUAAAGCCUGAGCUGAAUUUAAACAUAAAUCAGCAGGAACUGAAGUUGCAUAUAACUAAGCGAUUAGGCGCUAACACUGAAGAUUUAAUCAAUCCUACAGCCCUUGCAUUUGCUAUAAAAACUGAAGAACCUUUGGAUCUCAACAAUGACUAUAAAGAUAUGUCGUCUCAGGAAGGGCAGCAACAUUUCACCCAUGAAGAAAUAUCUCUGAUGUCCCACAUGUCCAGUAGAAAAGAAAGUCAAUACUUGAUGGAUGACAAUGAAUCCAAUGAAGAUUAUAGUUCGAAUGAGGACAUGCCCUUAUCAUCUUUCCGUCAGACCAGUCUUUCCUCUUCAGAUAAAAAAGUUAAAAAAAUUGGUACAAAAAAGUCUGCAGAGGAGUUUGAUGCACAGGUGGCUUUGUGGCGAUCCUCCUUGGAAUGUGACAUUUGUCAUCAGCUGGUGGCCAGCUAUUCCCAAUUGAAGGAACAUUUUAGCAAAUACCAUGCUUCAGAAGAUUGUUACCUCAUGUGUUGCCAAUUGAGGCUGGAAACUCGUUACGAUAUUGACAGACACAUAUACUAUCAUAAUGCCCCGCAGCAGCUUAAAUGUGAGACCUGUUGCAAGGCUUACCGUUGGAUGAAAACUUUAAGAAGCCACAAUAGAAUCGUACACCCCAGCAAGGGAGGAGUGGUACUGCGCGAACAAUUUGCUGCCCAAAAAGGCGAGAAGACGCAUGGCUGCUCCCUUUGUCCCCUAGCAUUCACCUGGCGAUCGAGUUUCUAUGCGCACCUGAAAAAAGAUCAUCCCCAGGAAUGGCAAAAGAUUCAAAACGAGGAGCUAGAAAGGAAGUUUGAAUGUGGGUAUUGGCGAGAAACUCGAGGAAAUUGUUUGGUGUAUAUUUGCAUUUAUUGUUUCAAAGAGUAUGACAAGCGGAUUUCCGUAUACAGACAUAUCAGGCGAAUUCACGGAAGCGUUAGACCGAAGAAGCCCAAAAAGGAAUUUCGCACGGAAACUCGGCGAGACCUAAAGGUCUAUGUAUGCAAUCAUUGUGCCACAGAGUAUGAAGAUUUAGAUUCUAUGUACCAUCAUCUUAACCAAUAUCAUAAAAUCGAUGGCUCAUUAGCAGAGAAGGCAUCAACGAUUUCCGAAUCCCCCGUACCAGCUAAGAAAGUCGAGAUAAAGCCUAAGUUGGAUAUAAAUCAGCAGGAAGUGCAACUGAAGUGGCAUAAUGUCAUGGGAUUAAGUGCCAGCAGUGAAAAUUUGAUUAAACCUAAGGCUCUUACCUUUGAUAUAAAGUCUGAAGAACCCUUGGAUCUAAACAGUAAUUGUGAGGGGAUGUCAUUUCAAGUCCAACACGAGUUAACGGAUGAAGAAACGUCCUACCUGUCCAGUAGAAACCAUAAUAAUGACGUUGUAUCCAAUGAUGAUUACAGCCCAAAGGAAGUCCUGCCUCUAUCAUCUUCAAAUAAAAAACUUCCUGCUGCAAAAAGGUCUGUAGAGGAGUUUGAUGAACUCGUUGCUUUGUGGCGUUUCUCCUUGGAAUGUGAAAUUUGUCAUCAGCUGGUGCCCAGCUAUUCCCAGUUGCAGGAACAUUUUAGCAAAAACCAUACUUCAGUGAAUUGUUACCUCAUGUGUUGCCAUUUGAGACUGGAAACUCGUUUCGAUAUUGACAGACACAUACGCUAUCAUAAUGCCCCGCAACAGCUAAAAUGUGAGUCUUGUUGCAAGUCUUACGGUUCGGAAAAACAGUUAAAAGUACACAAAAGACAAGUCCACACCAGCAAGGGUGGAGAUAAAAAUGCCAAAUCUAAAGACAUCAAGAAGCUGGAAGGGAAAUAUCGUUGCUGCAAGUGUUCCAAGGACUUUGCAAGCGAAAAACAUUUGCAUGUACACAAUCAAAAUGUCCAUAAACCUAAGAAUUUGGAAUGUAACUUGUGUGAAAAAUCGUUUAGGCGUCCAGCGUCACUGCGCGAUCAUUUGGCUGGCCACAGAGGCGAGAAGAUGCACACAUGCUUUUUUUGCCCCAAGGCAUAUACCUGGCGACAUCAUUGCUGCCAACAUAUGAGAAAAUCUCAUACCAAGGAAUGGCAGAAGAUGCAAAAGAAGGAGGUCCAAAGAGAACCUAAAUAUGGGUAUCGGUGUGAGACUCAAGGAGGGAGUAAGCUUUUUGUUUGCAUUUAUUGCUUCAAGGAGUAUGACAAUCGGCGUUCAAUAUACUAUCAUGUUAAGCGGUGUCAAAUAUAUAAUACCCCAGUGGAGCCCAAAAAGGGAUAUCGGAUUGAAGCCCGCGGAAAGAGUAAAGUCCAUGUGUGCUUAUAUUGUGCCAAGGAGUAUGCAAAGCGACAUUCCAUGUAUCAACAUCUUAACCAAUGUCAUAGAGACGAUGGCCCUUUAGCGGAGGUGCAGGCAUCAAUGAUUUCUGAACUCCCCAAACCAGCUGAAAAUGUCGAGAUAAAACCUGAGUUGAAUAAAAAUCCAGAGGAAUCACAACAGAAUUGUCACAAUGCCACUAGCAGUGAAAAUGUAGUCAAACCUAAAGCCUUUACAUUUGAUAUUAAGACCGAAGAGCCUUGGGAUCUCAACAAUGAUUAUAAAAGGAUGUCACCUCAAGGCCUAGACCAAUUAACGGAUGAAGAAAUAUCUCUGAUGUCUUACAUGUCCAGUAGAAACGAAAAUACUUACUUAAAGAAUGACGAUGCAUCCAUUGAAAAUUAUGGCGCGAAUGAUGACAUCUCCCUAUCACCAUUGGGCCAGACCAAACUUCCUGCUUCAAAAAUGUCUGUAGAGGAGUUUGAUGAGCUGGUAGCUUUGUGGCGUUCCUGCUUGAAAUGUGAAAUUUGCCAUCAGCUGGUGGCCAGCUAUUCCCAGUUGAAGGAACAUUUUGGCGAGAACCAUGCUUCAGAAGGUUGUUACCUCAUGUGUUGCCAAUUGAGGCUGGAAACUCGUUUUGAUAUUGACAGACACAUGUACUAUCAUAAUGCCCCGCAGCAACUUAGAUGUGAUGCCUGUUGCAAGGCUUUCCGUUUGGAGAAACAUUUAAGAGAUCACAAAAGACAAUUCCACACCAGCAAGGGCGCAGACAAAAUUGCUAAAGACAUGCAGAGGUUGCAAGGAGAACAUCCCAUCAUGAAACGGUAUCGGCGAGAAAUUCGAGGCGAAUCUAUGGUCUAUGUUUGCCUUUAUUGUUCCUCGGAGUAUGACAAGCAGAAUUCCAUAUACGGUCAUCUCAAGCAUUGUCAAAGAGACUAUGAUGGAGAAAUAAAGCCUAUAAAGGGGUUUCGGCUUGAAAUUCGGGAAGAGGGUAAGGUCUUUGUUUGCAUUUAUUGUUCCAAGGAUUUUAAAAACCGAAUUUCCAUGCUCAAUCAUACCAGUGAGUGUCGAAGAGGCAAGGCACAAACGAAACCUAAAGAAGGAUAUCGGCGAGAGACUCGGGGAGAGAGUAGGGUCUAUGUUUGCAAUUAUUGUUCAAAAGCUUUUAAAAUGCGGUUAGCCAUGUACAAGCAUAUCAAGCGAUGUCUCGAGCACGUUAUGCCAAUAAAGCCCAGAAAGGGUUAUAGGCAAGAAGUUCGGGAAGGGGAUAGUAUGGUCUAUGUUUGCAUUUUUUGUUCCAAGGAAUAUGCAAAUCGGCAAUCCAUGUACUAUCAUCUCUACAAUAUCCAUAGAGAUGAAACAUCUUUAGCGAAGCAGUCACCAAUAAUUUCUGAACUGGCAGUGCCGAAGGCAACUGAAGUCAGCAACAUAACAACAAAUGGUGACAGCUUUAAUGAGCUAAGCAAAGAAGAAGAAAGAAAAAAAGAGGAUUCAUUGAUGACAGAGUUAAAAGAUGAAAAUGUAACAAAGACUAAUGUGAAGAACGAACAACUUUCAAUAAACACAAACGCCUUGGGAAAUGAGGAAAAGAAUGAAAAUGAAUGAAUGAACCAGAAUUUGAAGAUGCCACUGGGGAAAGUGAAGUAGUUGUAAAAUUCCAAGUAGAAUUAAUUGAGCUUUAAGCAAAAACUUAAGACCUUAAUUGAAAUACUAAAGAAAAAUAAAUAAAAGAAAAACAAAAUAAAAAAAAUUUAUAGUUUCACUAAGCCAACAUUUUCCUGUUCAAAUUCCUUACAAAAUGACUUUUGUUCACUUGAGACAUGCAAACACAUGUUUUCUCACUAUAAAAUCAGCUGAUAUUGAUAGACCUGUUCAGUAAAAGCCAUCCAAACAGCUGUUUCGUACUAUAUUUUCAGCUGGCUUUGAUAAAUAAAAAAAUGUUCUAGAAAUAUAAUAUCGAAAGGUGAAAAGGCUGGUCGAUAGAAGAUCAUUAAUAUCUAUCCAAUACUUAUGGUAUGACAAGCAAUUGUUAAAGCCAAUAUUGUUAUAUGGCAUCCAUUACCAUACAAAGUAUACAACUACUCCAAAACAAAAUCUUAAAUGAAAUAGUUACUGCCCUCUGCGAUAUAAGAAACUAUGACCUA